AUGCCUCUUCCAAAACGGGUGAUAGAACCCGUGUACGUAACCAGGGGCACGUUACCGGAAGAUUAUCCAUUGCCAUCGGAACUAGAAGCCGUCACGAAUGGAACUUUGGCUAAUACCGUUCGACAACUUUCUUCGCUCUCUAGGCAUGCCGAAGACAUGUUUGGUGAAUUGGCGAGAGAUGCCCAACAACUCUACGAUAGGUCUAACUCGUUACAAGCUCGUAUAGAUAGGCUAGCAAUUAAAGUCACGCAAUUAGAUAGUACAGUGGAAGAAGUGUCAUUGCAGGACAUCCAUAUGAGGAAGGCCUUCAAGAGUAGCGUAGUUUUCGAUCAACAGAUCUUUUCAAGAGACACAAUGCCUACCGCCAUGCAAGAAACCUAUAACGUUUGCGAUAAACCUCCGCCGCUCGACAAAUUAAAUUGUUACCGGGAUGACGGCAAAGACGGUCUCAAAUUCUACACUGAUCCGAAUUACUUCUUCGAAUUAUGGAGACAGGAGAUGUUGAACGACACUGAAAGGAUGAUGCAUGAUAGGGGGAAGAAACCCCACAGACCUAGGACUCAGGACGGUGGACAGGGCAACCGACACAAGAAGAGGGUUAGGCAGCCACAUAACACUAGAGAAAGACAGAAGCAGAUGGCUAGAGAUCAUGGGGAAUAUAUUAUGCCACAAAAUACCAUCUACAGGACACCACAACAAAUUCAACAGGCGCAAAUGCCUGCUGAAGACUUCAUGAUGCCUCAACAACAGAUGCAGCAGCGUCCGCCAAGGCCAAAUUCUAUAGAAAUUCGACGCUCUUACCAACAAGAGGUGCCAGAUGGUUUACCAUCUCCAACGUAUCCUCCCUAUGAAGAGAACCCCUAUCAACAUGGGAUGUACGCACAGGGUCCUCUUAGCUCAGAGUCGUUGUAUGCAGGUGGUACCCCGACUAGAGGUGGGAAGAUUAGACCUAGUCAACCGCCUCCGGCACCUCCUAGCAAUAACAGUACGCCAUCGGCUAGUACGCCAACAAGAGGAAGAAGCAUUUCGGCCGGAAGGGACAAUUUACCGCCGCCGCCUCCACCACCGGAAACUACAAUGUCACCACCGCCAAAUGGUAUUCCACCACACAUUGUCCGACAAUCGAGUCAAUCUCGAUCGAAUAGCCCGCAUUCACAGCACACCGCCACUCCAGAACCCGCCCAGGAUCUGCCGCCGCCUCCACCUGCCCCUGUCAAACAGGCCUCUCCUCCGAAGCAGCAGACACCAGUGGCACCGCCACCGCCUCCGCCUCCACCCAUGCCUAUGAUCGUGAACGGUCCAACUACGACGCCUCCGAUGUUAAACGGCGAUUUGGCGAAGAUUUUGAAUUCGGCGCCACCAAAAUUGACGCCCGUCAAAGAUCGACCGAUGGCGAAGCCGCCCAUGGUAGAUCCGAGAAACGAUUUGUUGAAAGCCAUCAGAGAUGGUAUUAAAUUGAGGAAAGUCGAAAAAAUUGAACAGAAAGAGGUUGAAAGAGGCAACGGUCUGCACGAUGUAGCCAGCAUCCUAGCCAGGCGGGUGGCUGUCGAAUUUAGCGAUUCAGAAUCGGGUAGCGAUUCUGAAUGUGAUAGCGAGGGAUGGGGCGAAAAUGAAACGUCGGCGUGA